GAAAAACGACAUCUAGCACCGCCGCAUCCUCCUGCCCCGGUCUGGGCGGGUUUAAAACCAGCCCGCUCCCAGACCCGGUCCAGACCCGACCCAGACCCGACCCACGGCCGCGGCUCGGUGUCCUGCAUCUUCCCUCCUCACCGCCAGAACCACCAGAGGACCAACAUGAACGACACCGGACUCAGCAGUUAUGACUUUGAGCGGCGUUUUGACGAGAGACGAGCUCUGGAGUGGAUGCAGGAACACUGGAACAAGUCCUUCAUGUUCUGCGGCCUGUACGUGGCGCUGGUGUUCGCCGGCCGCCACUUCAUGAGGGAGAGGCCCAAGCUGAACCUGCGUGGACCGCUGGUGCUGUGGUCGCUCGGCCUGGCCGCCUUCAGCAUCGUGGGAGCAGUCAGGACUGGACUGUACAUGCUGCACGUCCUGACGACCGGCGGCUUCAGGGAGUCGGUGUGUGACAACAGCUUCUACAGCGCCGCCGUCACCAAGUUCUGGGCCUACGCUUUCAUCCUGAGCAAAGUCCCCGAGCUGGGAGACACGGUGUUCAUCGUGCUGCGGAAGCAGCGUCUGAUCUUCCUGCACUGGUACCACCACGUCACGGUGCUGCUGUACUCCUGGUACUCCUACAAGGACCAGGUGGCGGGCGGCGGCUGGUUCAUGACCAUGAACUACGCCGUUCACUCUCUCAUGUACACGUACUACGCGGCCCGGGCGGCCAGCCUGCGGGUGCCCCGUCCCUUCGCCAUGGUCAUCACGGCCACGCAGAUCCUGCAGAUGGGGAUGGGCCUGGCGGUCCUGGCUCUGGUGUACCUCUGGAUGCACGAGGUGCGCUGUCCAUCCAACAUGGACAACAUCAUGUGGGGCUCUGUCAUGUACCUCAGCUACUUGGUUCUGUUCGCCUCGUUCUUCUACAACAACUACCUCAGAGACUCCUCCAAGGACAAAGGAUCCAAGGCAGAGUAGAGUCCCAGACUUUUAAAAAAUAGUUUCCUGGCUGUUUGGUGUUCUUGUGAUCUGGACCCAGAGCUCAGACGGCAGGGACCCAGCUGUCCAGUCAGAGCCUCGGAGGAGCAGGGCUCAGCACAUCUGAAACCAAUCAAUAGUUGUAGUACAGUAUGGAGAAAGAAGGGCUCCAGGAGUUCCUCAGACCCCUGACUAAUGUCUAAACUACACGUGUAAGGGCCAAGUAUUUAUUUGUGAUUAACAAAUGUUUGUCUUUUAUGUAUUUGUGAUAAAUGCACAGUUAUUGAGCGAGGAGCUUUGCAUGUCUCAGCAUACAGACUUGGAGCUG